GCAGUCCCUACUGACUCGUCAUUUUCACCGUAGACCUCACCGAAUUGACAGCGUACGGAGUUCCCGGCAAGUCAAUACAUGACGGUGACCAUAUAUAUCGACCAGACGAGCGGUGUCGACGCUGCAGGCCGCGGCACUGCCGAUCAGCCUUACCAAACCCUUGCGUUCGCAAUAUUCCUGACGCCUGCGGCCGCCGUCGAUACCACACGGUAUCAGAUCCGGAAAGGGUCUGAAGCGCAAUACGAUGCGCCUACGCAGUCCGCAACGAAGAAAGCCAAGAAAGACGCGCAAGGGUUGGAGAAGAAACGUUUGAAGGCUGAGACAGAGGAAAGGGAGUCACGCGAGCGGCAGGAGAAGCGCGAAAAGAAGCUCGAGGAGAGUAAGAAAAUCGUCCUCGUCGAAGAUCUUUCUCUUCCGACCCCAAUAAAGGUCAAGAUCGUACGUCUCGUGAACUACAGAGACAAACGAGUACGUGUAUGUGGAUGGGUUCAUCGUAAACGUGACCAGCAAGAUAUCAUGUUCGUGGUACUAAGAGAUGGAACUGGUUAUCUGCAAGUGGUGUUUACGGGACAAACUAACAAAACCUACGAUGCCGUGACUCUCCAGCUAGAGGCGGCGAUCGAGUUGACAGGAACUCUGAAGCUUGUUCCCGAGGGACAAAAAGCACCCGGUGGUCACGAACUCGUCGUUGACUACUGGAAGGUCCUUGGACCAGCCCCCGGUGGAGACGAUGCCUUCACGAACAAGCUCAAUGAACAAUCCGAUCCUUCAAUCUUGGCUGAUAACCGCCAUCUCGUAUUGCGCGGUGAAACUGCGUCUAACGUACUUCGACUACGCGCUGCCCUUCUCUCUGCUUUCCGUUCUACGUACGCUGAACACGACGUGAUAGAAGUUACCCCUCCGUGUCUCGUACAGACACAAGUUGAAGGAGGUGCUACCCUGUUCAAACUCGACUACUACGGACAGCCCGCUUUCCUUACUCAAAGUUCUCAACUAUAUCUCGAAACAUGUCUUGCGUCUCUUGGAGAUGUAUUCUGCAUCCAGGAGAGUUUCCGCGCCGAGAACAGCCACACACGUCGCCAUCUGAGCGAGUACACGCAUCUCGAAGCCGAAUUAGCAUUCAUCAACUUUGACGACCUGAUGACCCACAUCGAGACCGUUAUCUGCGAGUCGGUAGAUAAGAUUCUCGCCAACCCCGCCACGACUGCAUUAGUAAAAACACUUAACCCCAGCUUUACCGCUCCUGAGCGACCUUUCAAACGGAUGUCUUACUCGGAUGCCAUCGCGUGGCUCAACGAGCACGGCAUCCUGCACGAAGCCGAGAAUGCAGAAGGAAACACUCUCAAGGAUGCUGACGGAAAACCCGUGAUGGUCCCGCAUGCGAUCGGAGAUGACAUUGCAGAAGCCGCAGAGCGGCAAAUGACAGACAUAAUCGGGAAGCCUGUUUUUUUGUACGGCUUCCCAGCGGAGCUCAAGGCAUUCUAUAUGCAGAAGAUGCCUAGGAAGGAAGGCGAGACUGGACCUGUGUUCACGGAGAGCUGCGAUUUGCUUAUGCCGAACGUGGGUGAGAUAGUUGGUGGAUCAAUGAGGAUUGCGGACGGCCCGGAGCUGCUGGCAGCCUAUGGGCGCGAAGGCAUUGACCCCAAACCUUACUACUGGUACACAGAUAUGCGGAAGUAUGGUACAUGCCAACACGGUGGAUACGGUCUAGGCGUAGAGCGUCUUCUCGCGUGGAUGGCGAACAGAUACACUAUCAGGGAGUGCUCGUUGUACCCAAGAUGGCCUGGGCGUGCCACUCCUUAGAUUAGUUCAUUCACAUGGCGAAUACCGAUAUAGCGACUUCUUGUUGAUCACACCCAAGGCGCGAAAGUGCGAUAGAAUAGGGACUUAUGUUUCUCAGACGCUUCGAGAGAAAAUUUCUCCCCAGUCUGUUCCUUUGCUUUUGAUAUCCAGCAGCAUUUCCAUAUUCUCGGGUAUGCCAUCGUAGAACAAAUGGAGUUCUACAACUCGGUGAGAAAUACGAAUGCACUGUUGGAGCCUGCACAGCGUUCAUGAUAACGGGGACAAUGCAAGGUCCCCGCUGCCUCUUCAUGCCUUGUAGUUUCUGAGUGAAACAAAACAAUUAAAG